AUGAAGUUCCAUUCCUCUAUCCUCGAGGCUCUCAACCACCAUGCCUUGGAGAUUCCCGACAAAGUUGUUUUCACGUGGGUCAACAGCAAGUGUGAGGAACAGAACAAGUUGACGUUCAAGCAGCUGGAAGACCAGUCCAACGCUGUGGCGGCUCGCCUCCUCAAGCUGGGAUGCCAAAAGGGCGACCGUGUCAUGAUUGCCUAUCCCUUUGGCCUCGAGUUCUUGGCUGGCAUGUUUGGUGCCAUGAAGAUUGGAGUCAUCCCCUGCUCCAUUUAUCCACCCAAUCCCAACCAGCUCAAGACUGAUAUGCCAAAGUUCCGUGGUUUUGCGGCCGAUGCUGGAGCCAAGUAUGCUCUUACCACCACGACUUUUGCUGUUGGGAUGACUGCUGCCAGUGUCCUCUACAAGACUGGUGUUACUUGGAUUGGAACUGAUAAACUCUUCAUCAAGAAGAGCAACACAAACAAGCCUAAACAGUACGAGAGAUUUGUGGGAGAGCCAGGAGGCAUCUGCUUUAUCCAGUACACAUCUGGUAGUACCGGACACCCCAAAGGAGUCAUGAUCAGUCACAACAACCUCGUGGAAGACAUUUGGGCCAUUUCACGGGUACUAGGCACAAAUGCUGUGGGAGCCUUGUGGCUACCACAAUAUCAUGACAUGGGACUUGUGUCGGGAUUUAUGAGUGCUAUCUAUGCCGGAGUUCAUGUCAUCAUGGCAUCGCCUCUCGACUUUAUCAUGAGGCCACUGCUGUGGACUGAUAUGGUAGAGACCUACCAAGCCACUCAUACUUCUGCUCCCAACUUUGCCUAUGCAUUGCUACUGAAACGGUUGAAACAGGCCAAAAGAAAUGCCAACUGGAGUCAUGUCACACAUGCUAUGUUUGCUGCGGAACCCACCCAGAGACAUGUAGUGGAGGAGUUGGCACAAACCCUUUCUAUCAGACGAGAACAUGUGUACAACCUCUAUGGUCUGGCUGAGGCUGUUGUUUUUCUCACAGGAGGACCUGCCUACCCAGAUACUAGUGGGGUUGUUUGCUGUGGCCCCGUAGACUCCCCAUCUGUCAAGCUUCGAAUUGUCCAGGAUGGAAAGGAGAUUGAAGAAGGGCAAGUUGGGACUAUCUGGGUCCAGUCUCCGUGUGUGGCAGCUGGGUACUAUGGCCAGCAAGAGCUAACAACCGCUACAUUUGCCAAUGCAUUGCCUGGCUAUGAUGGCACCUGGCUAGACACUGGUGAUUUGGGGAGAGUUGUGGAUGGACAGCUCUAUGUCACUGGAAGAAGCAAAGAUCUCAUCAUCAUCAAUGGAAAAAACUACUAUCCAAGUGAUGUGGAGCUCUCUAUUGAUGAUGCUUUUGGAGAUGUGAUCCGUCCAGGAAGAACCAGUGCUUUCCAGCAUGGGGAAGACAGCCUUGGCAUCACAGUGGAGGGCCGCAAGGACUUUGACAAGUCAGAAAAUGAGGAUUUGGCAGUCCAGAUAGCCAACCAUGUAUCACAAUUCCAUGGGCUGUUUGCCUCGGAGGUAGUGGUCCUAAAAUUGGGUGUGACACCCAAGACCACCUCUGGCAAGCUGAAGAGGAGUGAGAUCAGGAGGACUACAAUUGGUGGUAACUGGAAAGAGUCUUCCAUACUACUUCAAUUCCAGCGAAAUGACUUUAUUGCUCCGUUUGCCCAGGGACAUAGGUCUUCUUUCUUGGAGAUAAGUUUUGCUAUGAAUGGUGUUGCCAGCAGUGAGUUCAACCUCAAUGAAGACACUGGACAUGAGAUGAUUAAAGAAUCUGCGAGUGUUGCAAUUAUUGGUGGCGGGGUUGCUGGCCUGGUUACAGCACUCAAAUUGGCUCAAAGAAAUAUCAAAGUUACUGUGUUCGAGCGAAAUGAGCAAAUUGGAGGCCAUGCCAGGCACACAACAAUCUUUGGGCAUGAACGCAACCCAGCCUUUGGAAUGUUCCUUGGUAGUGCUUGGCCAAACCUCAUGGCACUGACAAAAGAACUUGGUGUCGAUCCAGUCCCUUUGGUCACAGCUCAUGAAUUUCGAGAUGUUGUUGGGAUGGGGGAAGACAAUAUCCCAGAGGCCAACCCAGCUGAAGUUAGUCGGUUCCUUGCCGAAAUGCAUAUUGUCUACAAGUCAGGCAAUGGACAGGUUGAAAGUAUUGGGCAGUACAUGGGCAGAAAUGGAUUUAGCCAUCAUUUUGCUGUUACUUAUUUCCUUGGAAGAAUGAUUACUUUCUUUCCUGGCAGCUCAAUUCAACAGUUUCUGGACUAUCCCUUGGAUUUGAUUGCUUGGUAUGUUGUAGCCAUUGGCAUUUCAACUGCAGAUGAAAUGGUCUUCCGUCUGCGCAACAAGGAAUACAUGACUGCUUUCGAGCAGAAUCUUUUGAGCCUAGGUGUGGAGUUCAAAAUUGGCUGUUCACCAAGCGUUAUUGGCCGAGAUAAAGGUGUCUCAAUCUCAACUGGCAAUGGAGAUGAUGACAUUCUGCAGUUUGAUAAACUUGUGCUGGCAGUACCUCCCAAUGCUGCACUGCAAGUUCUGGGUGAACAUUGCUCAGACUAUGAGGAAGUCUUGGCAGACUUUGAGUGUCCACUAGAGACAGUUGUAUACCACACAGAUUCAAAGUGGGCAGUUCCCAGCAAGAACAAUGGAAUAUUUGCCAACAUCCCAGACUGGGGAGCAGCUCUGCCUUCUUGUGAUGACACAAUCCCAUUCACUGCAUCAUUUGUGAGUGACUCUGAUGACAAGACCCCUAUUUAUGCAACUCAUGCCUAUAACACCUUCAAUGAGUUGGACUUUGCUACCCCUACUGAAAUGAUAUCAUUCACACACACAAGAGUCACAUGCAAAGCUAUUCACCUUCGGAAGUCUUUGCUGCGGCAUCAAGGGAGGCAUUCUACCUAUUUUGCUGGUGGUUGGACGCGUGGUCUCAUGUUUCAUGAAGAUGCUCUUGUAAGUGGAAUUCAGGUGGCCAAUUCCAUCUUGCAUGAAUUGGGGAGAAGACCCCACCCUAUUCUUGAAAGGACCAGAGAAAUGCAACAAAAUAUCCCACCUACCACCAUUGAUGAUGGGUCUACAUGCCAAGGCAACUUCACCACAAAGUAUGCCAAAACACUUAUGUCUGUUUUUGGGUCAGAGGUUGACUCAUCAAAAACAUGGGUAGAGAAUGGCCUGACAUCCCUAACGAGUGCAGAGCUGAGGAUGAAGGUGGAGGAAGAGAUGCACGUGGUUCUGCCAGCAAACUUUGAGCAGAUUUACCCAACACCUGAGUCACUUUCCGACUUUUUGGUGGCAUCAAAAACCAAAAGCUUUCCAAGCCAUGACACAUUCAAGGACCCUGACUUCACCUGGCAUUCAAACAGGGCAAAGCUAAGCAAGCUACAGCUUGGAGUGUUUCAGAUGCUUGGCUCAAUAGUGAUUCUUCUCCUGCUCUUCACCUCCGUUGUUCCAUCAUACUUCCUUGUCUCAUUGGUCCUAAACCAGUGUGGCUCAACAGAAGUCAGAGAGUGCCAGGAUCCAUUUUUGUUAUUGCUCUUGCCCAUGUCCUUUCACCUGUGCAUACUGUCCCUCUCAGUCAUUGUGAUGCUCUGCAAGUUUGUUGUUGUUGGGAAGUACAGACACCAACAAUUUGAUCUCUUGUCGUGGGACUACCUUCAUUGGUGGUUCCUUGACAGACUCGUUGAGAUCUGGGAGUCAAUUGCAGGUCAAUUUUUGCUCGGAACAAAGUUGCUUUUGCUUUUCUAUUGGCUACUUGGAGCAGACCUGUCAUGGUCUGCUAAGAUUGAAUCCUUUAUUCGUGAAUUUGAUCUUGUCCAAGUAGGAAGCGAUGCUACUAUUGGGCACCCACUAAAGUGCAGGAAGUUCUCUCAAUCCAAGGAAAGCAGCCCACUGAUGACCUUCCGUCCCAUUGUUGUUGGAAACAACUGCAAUGUGUCUGGAAUGGUCAGCCUAGGUGCUGUUAUUGGUCAAGGCAGCAAAGUCGCAAAACUGUCUGUUGUCAAAGAGGGAGCAAUAGUUCCUGAGGGUGUACUUGCCAGUGGAAAUCCAGCAUACAAUGCUGGAUCAUUCCAUCAUGAUGAAUCAAGCUUAUUUGGAGAAUCUAUGUUGGAAGCUUUCAAGAUAACUUGGACCAUCUUUGAAGCAUAUCACCUCUUUGUGCUAUCCUAUAUUGUGUACACCACACUCAGCAUGAUCUUGCCUUAUUGGCGAUACAGUGGCAUUUUGCACUGGAUCCUGCUCCUUCCAAUGACAUCCUUCCUUGCUCUGCUUACCAGCAUUGCCCUCAAAUGGCUUUUGCUUGGUAAAAGGACUCCAUCAAAUCAAUAUGCAGCGUCUCUGUGGAGCCGGGCAACCAAUUGGGCAUGUGACUUCCACUUCCGAACAGCAUGUUGGCUAUUUAUUCCCUUUUUUGGGCAAUCAAGAAUAUGGAACAUCAUUCUUUUCCUCCAUGGCCUUGAUGUUGACAUGGUGUCAACUCUAAGUGGUCCAUACUUCUACUUCCUACCUUCUAAUGUUGAUUUUGUAAAGAUCCGGGGAUCAUUUGUUGCCACCAUGUCACUCGACUUCGGCAACGUCAGCAAACAAGGAAACUCCAUGAUUGAGAUUAUCAGCAGCAGCAUCGGCUUUGGUUCCAAUCUACAUGCAGGAGUCAAGAUAGUGCAAUCCACAAUCCCACCAAGAUCCAAUGUGUCUGACAGUAUCUAUGAUUUGAACCAAGUGGGCAAGUUGCCAAAGAAGCCACCCAUGCUGACAGAAGAAGUGGCUCUUCAGGUUAUGAAUGUUGUUGUUUUUGCAUCUAUCAUACCUUGCUAUGAGAUUGGUCUGGCAGCUACAGCAAGCUCUUCCCCUGUUAUUGUUGCAUUUGGUUUGGCUCUUGCAGUUCUGUUGCAACUCUUCAUAUGGAUUCUAUCCACCAGGAUUGUUGAGUUUAUUUUGUUCCAUCUCCCAACCCAAGCCCAACAAGCUCUGCUCGGAGUUUACCUCACUCAUGUCUGGUACUUUCGUGUGGGAAACUGGCUGGACAUGGCCCUCCAUGGUACCCCCAUGUUUGGUUACUAUGCACAAUUAAUGGGAGCAGAAGUUGAAGGAGACCUCUGGUACUUUGGCAAUGCUAUUUAUGAGUAUUGUUGCUUGCACUUUAAAGGAAGCGUAAUUGUUGACAACUCCCAUUUGAGCGGCCAUUACCUUGAUCUCAAUGGGCUCACCCUUGGUGACACCUAUGUAUCAGGAUUGUUGCAUCCUGGAUGCUAUGCCCGUGCUGGGUCUGUAGUCACUGGAAACGAGAAUGGUCCCUGGAAAGUAUUCUUGAGAAGCGAUUUGGGAAUGCAGGAUUCGAAACCUGUUCUGAAAGAGUCACCCCAGCUGGGUAACACAGACCGGCUGGCAACUGUCAGCCAGGAUGACCCCAUGGAUGAUGUGCCCAUGGAUCUUGAUGUGUAG